AGUCUAUGGUUCCAAAUCAUUUUUAGUGUUAAUCAUUGUGUCGUCAGUGCUCAGAAGCGACGCACACGCAUUUUCGACAUGGCGACCACAGCCGGCGGGAGCGAAACGUGGCUACAAUGGCUGGUGCAGACCCAUGAUGCCAAACAGCUGUGGGAGGCGCAGCCCACGUAUAUACUGUCUCAAGCCGUCUACAUAUUAGCUGGAAUUGUCACUCUUAUACAUGCUUUCAGUAAAGGCGGGAGAUGGCCAUACUUCUGGCUGGGUACGAUCCUGCACGGUCUCUUCACCGACAACUUUUGGCAUUUUGCACUGCCAGAGUAUGAUAACUUCUGGCACUCUCAGACACCCAUCAUCUUCUUGGGAGCCAGGCUACCUCUUCAUAUAAUACUUUUAUAUCCCGCAUUUAUUUACCACGCCGCCUACGCGGUGUCCAGAUUGAAUCUCCCAAAGUACAGUGAGCCUUUCGCAGUGGGUCUUGUAACAGUUCUGGUCGACAUUCCUUAUGAUAUUGUCGCCGUCAAGUUUGUCCACUGGACGUGGCAUGACACCGACCCUAACAUAUACGACCGCCACUACUGGGUGCCCUGGAACUCUUACUACUUCCACGCUACAUUUGCUGCCAGCUUCUUUUACUUCUUCCAUGCGAGUAGAUCUUGGUUCGCACCAAAAGUAACGCAGUGGGAUGCAGCUGACAAAAAGGCUGAAUGGAAGUCACUAAUGAUCUCGUCUCUGCUGGGCAUGCCUGGGGGAGUGCUCAUGUUUAUUCCUAUCUACCACCCGCUGCAUGAUGUGUUCAAGAUUCACUCAGAGGUGACCUUCUUCCUGCUGUUCUCUAUCUUCGCCAUGAUCGUUCUAUCUGGACUCCUGAGCGAAAGGCAGAAAUGUAACAAGAAGUUGACAACCAUCGACUACGUGAUGAUGGUGCAGCUGGCGAUCCACUACCUACUGUACCUGACCUUCACAAUAUUCUUUAACCCUGAACAGGAGCGCUCUCUUGGACUGCACGAGCCAGUGGGGCCGUGCAAUGAAGUUGCAACCCUCACGACACCAUUCGGACAAGUAUUGGAGAAAAGGAAGUACUUCUGUCCUACGGACUACAAUGAAGAUUAUUUCGACUUCCAUUGUGUCAAGGAGCUGCCGCGCAAUGGUGCCACUUGGUACCUCAUUUGUGGAACACCUUUUGAAAACCGCGCUGAGUACAUAACUGUGUUGUCCACGAUACUGGUGGUAGCCACCGGUGUGUUCUACGGUCUCUAUUUUAAGACUGGUGGGGGUACUCCAGAUGUUACUCCCAAGAAGCUGAAGAAGAAGUAGUAAUGUAAUCUUCAUACGGUAACGAAUAAGGCUGCUGUCAGACGGAAUACACUGCAACAACCGCACGAUGUCGAUAUAUUCAACUGCAGUAUUUGAAUUAAGAAAAAUUUAAAUAUUACUUGAAAUCAGUUACAUUCCAUUUUAAACUGUGGUUUUGACUUUUCUUUACUUCUUGCGGUGUGUGCGUGUAAAUUAUUUUUAUAAUUUUUGCCUGGUUGAAUAAUAUAAUAUUAAUAACAA